UUUGUCCAUGUUAAACGGCAACGGACCAUAAUAAGAGGCGGACGUUGACGUUGGUGCUAUCGCUUUAAUCAAAUCUGAGAACCAGGAAGCGGCAGCUCCUGGAAAAACACUGGAAAAACACCGCUGAAUAAAAGCCUGCAGGUGGAUAACGUUACCGAUACCGGCCGGCUCCCGUUACAGCCAGAGGUGGUGUGACUGUAACACAUCUUUACCGUUAGACGAUGAUGAUAAAGGUUGUCGUGAAUUACUGUACAUAACGUUAACGUUACACGUCUUGCUGUCAGUUGUUUGUUCCGUUGUGUCGGUUAAGGAGUAAUUUACCGUUACAUACCGUGAGCUAGCAGGUUAGCUCUAUUCUGUAGCUAACGUUUACUAGUGUGACAAAAAAAAGCCAUGUUUGUGUCACAUUUGGAGUUAUGGAGAACAUAUUGGGAAUGUUCCAGACCUUACACGGUGUACAUCUGCUCCUUCACGGCCGCACUGUACUAUCUGUGGGGCCGCAAGUCUCAGGCAGCACAAAGGCCCCAGCCCUUGUUUCUAGCAAGGCUUUUAGCGCUUUCCUCCACAAGCACUGUCCUGUUGUGGCUGAACGCUUCAGUCCCACUCCGUGGUGCUGGGGAGGCCGGUUUCAAACCCUGGUCUGUGCCCUCCUCAAGUCCAGACCCCCCGUCACUUAUCGCAAUGAGCUGAUCCGUACGGUUGACGGGGGUCAGAUCUCUCUGGACUGGGUGGACAAUUGGGAGAGUGCAAGCUACCCAGAAUCCUCUACCCGACCCACAGUACUGAUCCUCCCAGGCCUGACAGGCAACAGCAAGCAGUCAUAUGUGCUCCAUACCAUUAGCCAGGCCACCCGCCGCGGCUACAGAUGUGUGGUCUUCAACAACAGAGGGCUUGGAGGGGAAGAGUUGUUGACGCCUGUCACCUACUGUGCAGCCAAUACCUCAGAUCUAGAGCGUGUGGUGCACCAUGUCAAAGGACUUUACCCACAUGCCCCUGUGCUUGGUGCUGGUGUGUCUAUGGGAGGCAUGUUGUUAUUGAACUACCUGGCCCGUAAGCGUACAGAGUCCGGGAUGGUGGCGGGUUUCACCAUCUCUGUCCCCUGGAAUGCACUGAAGUCCGCUGCCUCAAUGGAAGAACCACUCAACUGGCUGCUUUUCAACAAAUACCUCACAAGUGGCCUGUGUGAUGCUGUUACCAGGCAUAGGAAGGUUCUGGAGGAAGUAGCGGACAUAGACUAUGUCUUGAAGGCGCAGACUAUCCGUGAGUUUGACGAACGCUUCACCUCUUUGCUGUUUGGUUAUAAAACUUGUACGGACUAUUACCUUGAUGCCAGCCCAGACAAUAAACUCCCCAACACAGCAGUACCCAUCUUGUGUCUCAAUGCUGCCGAUGAUCCCUUCUCCCCCCAACAUGCGUUCCCGUUGACCACAAUCCAGAGCCUGCCAAAUGUUGCUCUGUUGUUGACGGCCCACGGUGGACACAUCGCCUUCAUGGAGGGCUUUUUCCCCCGGGGUGAGAGCUACAUGGAGCGCCUUUUUGGUCAGUUUGCUCAAGCUGCCUUUGAACACCCUAACGACAUCAAAAAAGCCUGCGGCAUUAGGGAGGAGCAUAAGAGCUGAUCAUCUUUCACCCCUUCACUUUGUUUGUACUCUGAACCUGACUGAAUACGAAAAUGACUGAUAGCUGAGAAAAAAUAAAGGUCACUGGCGUCAUAGCAGAACAUCAAUUUACAAAAAUCAUUGCCCCGCUUUGCAUGUUGUUAUCUUACAUCAGAAAAUGGGCCUCCUCCAUGUUUGCACAGGGAAUGACCAACUGUAUUUUACCAUCAUGUUACCUCACUGCAAAUAUGCUUAUCUACCUCCUCAUUGUCUCAGGUUUUCCUUUAUUGAGCAAUCAACAAAGGUUUAAAGAAGUCUAGAACUCAUUAUUUCAGUAUUCAAGAAAUCUUGCAGCCAACUAAUAAGUGAAUGUCUAAUAAUGUAUCAACACAAAAAAAAAAUACUAGCAAUCCUAACAUUAGUAAAUGAAUGAAUGAAUGAAUGAAUGAAUGAAUGAAUGAAUAUUGGUUUAAAAAGAAAAGGCACUAGACUAUAAAUAGCUUUUAAUCAUGUUUUUCCCACACGCCGUCCCAACUGUAGUUGGAGCACAAUUAUUCCCUGUUAGAAAAUGAGGGCUUGGAUUUUACGAAGUAUUUAAAAUUGUUAUUUAAAUUAGAACAGUUAUACGGAUAUAGUUUGUUUUGCCUCAUAAUCUACUUUGGUUUUGUGUAACAUUCCUUUAAGGACUAUACUUCUCCACAUGUUAGCUUUGCAUGCAUACUUUGCAUAAAAUUUGAGUUCAUACCAUACUGUGAGGUAAUCCUGCCAACAGUUCAGUUGUUUCAACCUGAAAAACACCCACACACCAGGAAUGAACGUAUCUGCUAUGAAGAAAAGACUUAUGGAAUUGUAAUAUAGAAUUCUCAUGUGACUUUUUGAAUUGAAAACAAAUGUAAAAGUAUUGUAUGCUUGUAUAUGCUUUUGAAGUGUACAUGAGAAAUGUAAAUUAUGCAAUGCAAAUGAGCAAAAACAAUGUACAAAGUACUUGGGGUAUUUGUACCUGCUGUUAAUUUAAUAGCGAGUGGUUCUGAAUUUGUAUGUGUUGUAAUCUUCCUUUUGUUUUUUGUUAAGGUAAUGAGCGAUAGAUAAAAGAAUGUCUAUCACUUUCAGGCCACAUGAUUGUGCGUGCGUGUGUGUGUCACCAGUAGUGCACUGAUGAAACAACCACUAUUUCAAAAUGCUAAUACCAAGGUAUUAUUUCCCCAGAAGCUGCAUUUGUUUGACUAUGAUUCAAAAUUAUAGCCGCAUAUGUUGGCUUAUUGGGUUUUAUUUGCUCAUCAGCUCCUUGUAGAUGCACUUUCACUUGCCUUUGACUGCUGUGUGUUAUUGAAUGGACAAAUGCGUGUUUCACCUCUGUACUAUAUAAGCUAUAACCACAAUCACGGUGUGUUUGCACUGUCAGUUAAGAUUCUUACCCUUCACCUGAAAGAAUGUUGGGCAUUAUGAACUAUCUGUUUGUUUGUUUUUUAAUUAUUGAAUUACACUUGAAUUAAAGAGUGACAAUAA